AUGACUCUGGAGACAGGCCACCUUCAGGACUCGGACGACGACAAGAGCGCCAAGCCCGGAGCUGCUUCCGACUCGCGUAGGUUCUCCAUAGACGAAGCCUUCUCGGACGGUGGCGAGGACAACUUCGAGUUCUCCUCCGAAUCCAUUCGCCGCGAACUUGAAAGGAAUGCACCGGCUGCUCAUCCCUUCGCGGGAGAUGAGGAAAUCAACUUUGAAAAUAUACAGAUAGAACCCUCGUAUAACGAAACCGACACGUCUAUAUCCACUCUCGAUAUUAAUGCUCCACCGGUCCACACUCCCGAUCCUGCUACUGUGUCCCUUCCGCAUUCCCCAGGUACUCCAGAACAUAGCUCUGAGGCAGACCAUCCGAAUCACGAAGACGCUUCCCCUUCGCCAAAAGGUGAAGACAGCAGUCCAGAUGGCAGUGCUCAUCAUUCGUUUCCCUCGGUCGUCAUCGACCUCUCCAGACCUCCUGCUUCACAAGUGACGGUCCUUUCAGACAACUCCUCCGAGUCAUCGCAACAACAUCCAAUAACUCCCUCUGAUUCCGCGAAUGUUACCUCCGAAGCUUUGCCGUCUCCCAAAAGAGCCUCAAUGGAUGCAGGCAUCCCGAACUCUCAAUCCCUUCCAAUUAGCGUUGCGGUCUCGCGACCACAGGUUCAUCGUGUCAGUAAAUCCACUGGGCCUAGUGCACUCGAAAAGGUCAUCUCGAAGACAAGGCCGACAUUCUUGCCUCCAAAGCCAAAGGAAGAGGACUUGAAACAUCUAGCUGACUGGGAAAUUAUGAUGAAGAAAAGCAGAGAAGCUCAGGCUAGAAAGAGGAAGCUGCGAGAGGAACGGCGACUUGCGCGAGAGCGUUUGGUAGAGGAAUCAACGAGUAUUUGGGAGCAGCAAAUCGUACCCGACUGGAAGAAUGCCGUUCGAGAUCCAAAGUUGCGCAAGCUGUGGUGGCAUGGCAUUCCACCGAAAUUACGAGGUAUGAUGUGGGAAAGAGCUGUAGGAAAUGAUCUAGCAUUAAAUACAUAUCGGACGUGUCUAGCUCGAGCAUCCCGAGCCCUUGCUGCAGGCACAUUCCCGACAACGACACUGAAUCUAAUAGAUGCAGAUAUUCGCUCGACACUACCAACGCUCCACAUCUUCACUCCUACGGCAGGGCCGAUGUAUCAGGACCUUCUAGAUAUGCUCUGUGCCUGGGUGGUCUCACGUUCUGAUGAAGGACUCGGUUAUGUGAUGGGUGCUAGCAAAAUUGCUGCUAUGCUCUUGCUCAAUAUGCAGCCGGCAUCUGCAUUUGUGACUAUGAGGAACCUGGUAGAGCGGCAUUGCAUGCGAAGCUUUUAUGGAGGCUUGUCGUGUAAAGAAGAAGUCGAUGCUUAUUAUCGUAUUUUUGAUACUCUCUUAGCAGACUGUAUGCCUAAAGUUUACUUUAAUUUCAAGCAGCACCAAAUUUCCCCCGCUGCAUAUUUCCCCGAAUGGAUUAUUCCUCUAUUCCUCGACCACCUUUCCCUGGAGGCAUGUGCGCGAAUAUGGGACGUACUCGUCCUCGAGGGAGAUUCUUUCCUGUUCCGAGCUGCGCUCGCGAUUUUGGCGUCGUUGGAGUCUCGUUUGUUCUUUCCGGAUCGGCAGGAAUUACUAAGUCUUCUGAGCGGAGAGAACAAAGCCGCGAUCGAAGUAGCUAAACGGGACGGCACUCUCAUGGGGAAUGGUAAGUACGAGAUCUUCGGACUGGAUGAGGAGAAUGUCUGGGAACGGAUUGAAGGGCUUGAAGGGUGGUGGAAGGAUAGUACUUGGGCGAGGUUGUUGCAGAGGGAGUUGCCGGAUUUGUAA